AUGCUCUUCAAAUCACUCGCUCGUUCUCAAGCCAGCAGACAAAUCAUCGCUAGAAAUUUUGCUGGUGUUAGAUCUUUCCAAACUAACAUUGCACAAAGAGGAGGUGGUCAUCAUGACGAACAUCACGACUCUCAUCAUGAUGAACAUCAUCACGAAGAACCAUAUACGGAUAAUGAUGGUAGACUCUUUGGUAUUGCUCAAGGAGAACAAUAUAAAUCACAAGGAUGGGAAAAGAGAUUCCUCCCACUCAUGUACGGAGGUGUUCUUCUUUUAGUUAUUGGUCUUGCUUUCAAGCCAGAUUAUAGCGUUCAAAGUUGGGCUAAAGAAGAAGCACUCAGAAGAAGAGCUGCCCGAACAUCUCAACAAGAAUAA